UCAGUACAAUACAGAGCAUCUUUACAGGCGGCACACACACUAGCAGCCUGCACGUAGAGUGAACAGUGUAGGGCUAGCAUUGUUUAGCAAGCAUCGAAUCGUUGGAGUUUCCAUGGUUGCUGUUUAUUUCCAUGUUCCUCUGUAACUGUCAGCGAUUUCUUCAAUGAAGGACUGAGAUAGGGACACUGUUUGACGCAGUCGGUGUUCUUCUCCAUGUGCUAGUGUUUUCUUUCUAAUACGAUACACACCCAAGAUUCCCCCCCCCCCCCCCCAGUUUAGCCGAGACAUGUUCGCUUUCGAGACCGGUGCUUCCUUAUGAUUACUUAAAGAAGAGAGGGGGAAGAAUGAAAAUGCUCCGCUUUCGCAGUUCAAGCAUCAAGUCGUUAAGUCAAGAGAUCAAAUGUACAAUCAGACUCCUGGAUGACACUGAGCUACCUUGCAUUAUCCAGAGGGACGCCAAAGGUCAAUUCCUCAUUGAUUUUGUCUGCAACCACUUCAGCUUAUUGGAGAAGGAUUACUUUGGCAUUAGAUAUGUUGAUCCAGAGAAGCAAAGGCAUUGGCUGGAAUCCAACAAGUCAGUUGUGAAACAAAUGAAAUCUCAGCCUCCGUAUACCAUGUGCUUCAGAGUGAAAUUUUAUCCUGCAGAACCAAUGAAGGUCAAGGAAGAACUCACCAGGUACUUACUGUAUCUUCAAAUUAAAAGGGAUAUAUUUCAUGGACGCCUGCUUUGCUCUUUAUCAGAUGCUGCGUCUUUGGGUGCAUAUACUCUACAAGCUGAGCUUGGUGAUUAUGAGCCAGAUGAGCACCCAGAUGGUUACGUUAGUGAAAUCAAACUGUUUCCUAAACAAACACAGAAGCUGGAAAGAAAGAUGGCAGAGAUUCAUAAAAAUGAACUAAGAGGGCAGAGUGCAGCUGUGGCUGAAAUGAACCUACUGAAAAAAGCUCACACAUUAGAAACCUAUGGUGUUGAUCCACAUCCUUGCAAGAUCUCACCCACGCAGUCUGCUGGAGCCGACUUUGCGUGCUGCGACAGGCAUGUCCCUAUCCUACUGAGGUAUGAGACCCCUAGCAACCCUCUCCUGGUUUUAGCCUGCCUGUCGAUGCAGCGAACCGCGGUGUGGCCACCAUCAUAUGCAAACAGCUACUUGGAGCGACAGCCAGUGUUUUCGUGCAAACAGGCCGCCGUAACUUCUCCAGAAGUACGGCGGAGAGGGACCAGCUCCGAGGAAAUCCCCAGCCAGUGUUUCCAGCAUUCCGAUUCUUCGGGAGCUACAGCUUUCAUAGGGUUCACUGCCACAGGUUUUGUCGUGUUCCAAGGGAAUAAACGGAUCCACCUCCUAAAAUGGUCUGAUGUCAGCAAAUUGAAGUUCAGUGGGAAGACAUUCCAUGUUCAUGGCCUUCAGAAAGAAAAGAAGAUUGUGCUGACAUACCAUACCUCAACACCAGAUGCUUGCAAACAUCUUUGGAAGUGUGGUGUGGAGAAUCAAGCAUUUUACAAGUAUGCAAAAUCCAGUCAAAUUAAGACAGUCUCCAGCAGCAACAUCUUUUUCAAAGGCAGAAAAUUUCGUUUCAGUGGAAGAGUUGCCAAAGAAGUAAUAGAAGCGAGCACAAAAAUUCAGCGCACCCCUCCUGAAUUUCACAGGUCCACACUUGGUCAGAGUCGCAGUUACAAUUCUCUAUCCAAACAGUUGAUAACAAAUGUGGAAACGGCGGAAUCGUGCCUCCCAUCCCCUGAUGAAUCUGAGGAGCACUCCACAAUGGAUGGUGGAGAGCUGUUGAAAUUAAAUGAUCAAUCAGCGCGGGGUGAGGAAGGGUUGAAAGAGCCGCAUAAUGAGUCUGGAGAAGUGGCAGAAACCAAAUGUGAAAACGAAGAGGAAAUGAGCGAAGAUUGUCUCACCAUAUCUGAGUUAGUAUAUAAUCCAAGUGCCAGUGUCCUGCCUACUCCUGUGGAAGAUGGUGGGAUAGAUUUGUUUUUUAAUAGUCACCCAGUGGGGAACCAGAAGGAUGAUGGAGGCUCAUAUAAUGAGUUAGAUGCCCCUGAAAACACACUCUUGAUUACAGAAGUGGAGGAGCUGAAGGAAGUGAACUGGGUACUUGUUAGGAGUUUUGAAUUGAUGACAAGCAACAGACAUCUGAAUAUACUGGCAAAGAGUUUUGUGAAACUGCUUGUGGUGGGACUGGGUUUGAUGCUGUUUGCUUUCCCACUUCUUUUGGUCCUGUUGGAAUCUGACAUAGAUGCUUCUUUCCUGAGAGAAAUCCGGCAGACGCCCGAGUUUGAGCAGUUUCACAAUGAAUACUACUGUCCGCUUAGACAGUGGCUGACAUAUAAAAUACACUACAUCCUUGACAAGCUAAGCAGCUCGUGAGGCUACACCAGUGUGCAGUUGGACAAGCAGGUACAACGACUUCUCUGAGCAAAACUUCUUCCUGCUGUUUUUACUGUUUUUAUGUUUUGUACCUUUUUAAUGUGGUUUAAAAGUAUUUCAGGAACUUUUAUUCAGUUUUUUUAAGUGAAAUCUGCUCCAAGAAAUGAUUGAAUUUAACAUCCACAUUAUUAGGUGUGGCAUGAAAGAAUUUUUUAAAAUUAUGGUCAAGUUUUAUCUGGUGUUCAAAAUCAUUGUAUUCUUGAGUGAGUGCACAACAUUAUGUGUCUCUGUUCUCCCACUGGUGACUACAACAUUCAAAAGAUUCUAUGCAGAUGAAUAACUGUUUUGAUAAAUUGAUUAAGUUUAGGCAGCUUCAAAAUUGUAUUCACUGUAAAAGGCAUUGUCUUUAGUAAUGGUACUUUAUUAUGCUGUGAUGAAGUCAAUAAUCUGUUUACUGGAAAUGAUCAGUUAUGACUGUAAUAACAAGAAGUACCAGGUAAAUUGUGAGUGAAGGUUUUUGGAGAUCCUCUUUCUUAUCCACUGUAGCUUAGGUGGAAGAGUGACAGAAAUCCAAAAAGGCAUUUGAAAUUCUGUUUCUUCUUCUUGGGCCCUUAGCUCCCAUUGAUGACCGUUGAUGACCUCCCGUCUCCGUCGUCCAAAGUCGAUGGUAUGGUUGGAAUUCAUCAAUGUUUCUGCAAUACAUUGUACUUGGCCUAUACAGCUUCACCUGUUAGCCAGCCUUACUCAUUUCCACCUCUCACGAUGGGGAGGCAGGGUUGGACUUUGAGAGGCGAAAUUAUGUUCAAACCACUGAAAUUUAACUCAAGUAAUGAUAUUCUUCAAAAUCUGUGAAGUUUCCAGGUAGAAAGGGAUAUGGUACAAUGGAUGGAUGGGGGCAUUUAGAAAAUGCAAGGUGAUGCUGCCAUUUUUGGACUAAGUUCAUGAAAUUAUUGUGUUCCAAGGAAAUGAGAUGAGGAAUCUAAAACCAUUGUGAAACUGCCUGAACUCAUUCAUUUCAUUCCAUACAUUCACUUAUUCAUUUCAUUAAGCAAACUGAAAUGUAUCAAUAAAAGAGACUGAAGUACAAUAUAUAGACAACCACAGACAUUUGCAAUAACGAUGGGUCAAUAUACAAAACUACAUUUUUCUUCAUAAGAGCAGAAAAUGUUUAAUGGGAAAUAUGGCCAGAAUUAAUUCUGUUUCUAUAUAUAGGAUCAUGUUUCAGUAAUUCAAUCACAAAUAAGAAAUUUUAUACACAUUUCUUUUGCAAUGGCACAGAUACAUGAUAAAAUUUACUAAACAGCAGUCAGUAUGGCUAUUGCAAGUUAGAAAGUCAAAAAGAAUAAUGUGAAAAUAAUAUGGAUCAUAAAAUUAUUCAUAGACUUUCAAACAUCUGGUUCUUCAAUAUGAUUAGAAAAGUCACUUUGCCUAUUAACUUUGGCUUUGAAUAUUGCUGCUAGUAAAUGCAGACAAGAAAUUUCAUAGGUAUUUAUUGAGGAAACACUUGAAUAGACUCUUUUGGCCAUUAUAAUUGAUCUCUGGAAAUACUGCACAUUUCUAUGAAGUUUGUAUCAUGCAGCACAGAAUAUGAUACAUGACUUCUCUCCCACUUUUAUCACUAGAUCUUUUAUUGGGAAAUGAUACAUUAAUGCACAUGAAUUAUUAUAUAUGGUAAAGAAAAAAAUACAAGCUACCUACAGAUAAAGUAAUUGCAGUGCAGACAUCUAAUUUUAUAAUGCAAACACGGUUGGAAUGUUUAGGUUUAAUCUAGAUGAGUUACGGGGAGGCAGCAGAAAGGAAACUAUAGACCUGUUAGCCUGACAUCAAUGGUUGGGAAGUUGUUGGAAUUAAUUGUUAGGGAUGAGAUUAUGGAGUACCUAGAGGCACAUGACAAGAUAGGCCGCAGCCAAUAUGGUUUCCUGAAAGGAAAACCCUGCCUGACAAACUUAUUGCAAUUCUUUGAGGAAAUUACAAGCAGGGUAGACAAAGGAGAUGUAGUAAACAUGGUGUACUUGGAUUUUCUGAAGGCAUUUGACAAGGUGCCGCACAUGAGGCUGCCUAGCAAGAUUAAGAGCCCAUGGGAUUAUGGGGAAGUUUCUAGCAUGGGUGGAGCCGGUCAGCAGAAAACAGAGUGGGAAUGAAGGGAUCCUAUUCUGGCUGGCUGCCAGUUACCAGUGGAGUUCCACAGGGGCCGGUGUUGGGACCGCUGCUUUUUACGAUGUAUGUCAAUGAUUUGGACUAUGGUAUUAAUGGAUUUGUGGCUAAAUUUGCCAAUGAUAUAAAAAUAGGUGGAGGAGCAGUUAGUGUUGAGGACACAGAGAGCCUGCAGAGAGACUUAGAUAGUUUAGGGGAAUGGGCAAAGUGGCGGCAAAUGAAAUACAAUGUUGGAAAGUGUAUGGUCAUGCACUUUGGUGGAAGAAAUAAAUGGGCAGAAUAUUAUUUAGAUGGGGAGAGAAUUCAAAAUGCAGAGAUGCAAAGGGACUUAGGAGUCCUUGUGCAAGAUACCUUGAAGGUUAACCUUCAGGUUGAGUCGGAUGUGAAGAAGGUGAAUACCAUGUUGGCAUUCAUUUCUAGAGGUAUAGAAUAUAGGAGCAGGGAUGUGAUGUUGAGGCUCUAUAAGGCACUUGUGAGACCACACUUGGAGUAUUGUGUGCAGUUUUAUGCUUCUUAUUUUAGAAAGGAUAUACUGACCUUGGAAAGGGUUCAGAGAAGAUUCACGAGAAUGAUUCCAGGAAUGAAAGGGUUACCAUGUGAGGAAUGUCUGACAGCUCUUGGGCUGUAUUCCCUGCAGUUCACGAGAAUGAGGGGGGAUCUCAUAGAAGCAUUCCGAAUGUUAAAAGGCCUGAACAGAUUAGAUAUGGGAAAGUUAUUUCCCAUGGUAGGGGAUUCUAGGACCAGAGGGCACGACUUCAGUAUUGAAGGACAUCCUUUUAGAACUGAGAUGUGGAGAAAUUACUUUAGUUAGAGGGUGGUAAAUCUGUGGAAUUUGUUGCCAUGAGCGGCUGUGGAGGCCAAGAUACUGGGUGUAUUUAAAGCAGAGAUGGAUAGGUUCUUGAUUAGCCAGGGUAUCAAAGGGUAUGGGGUGAAAGCAGGGGAGUGGGGAUGAUUGGAAGAAUUGGAUCAGCCCAUGAUUGAAUGGCAGAGCAGACUCGAUGGGCCAAAUGGCCUACUUCUGCUCCUAUGUCUUAUGGUCUUAUAAUUAAUUCCAUUCUAACCUAAUAGCUUGAAGUAUCAAAAAAAGGAAAAUUUUAUCUUAGUUAUUUUAUGAAACAGUAAAAUCAUCUCAUGACAUUUGCAGCAUUGUUGUGUAAACUGCAGUAUUGCUCUACAUGAGAGAUGAUAGGAUAGCGGCUGAAUUUUAAAUACAAUUUUUAAAAGUGGAGAAAUGUAGAGAAAUGAUGAUUUAUACAAAGAUAAAUCCAGAGCUCAAGAACAUACACGUUAGUUCAUGUGCUCCUUUGACUGAUGUGCAGUUAGUUGGACAAAACUUUUCUUGUGUAAUUUUGACAUCUUUUGAGAGAGAACGAAUAGUGAAAAGCAAGUAGUCAAUUCCAAAAAUAAAUGCUUAAGUUUGACAAAAUUGUGACAAACAAAAUCUAUUCCUGACUAGUCUGUAAUCUGAGUAAUUGAAUAUUUUAAUACAGACUGUUUAGCGUUGGAUGAAAACCUAUCUUAAUCUACCAAUAAAAGUGGUUCAUAAAUGUGGAAUUCAAUAAGAAAUAGAAAUAUUUCCAAAGUUUUACAUAGUAUUCAGAGCAUUUAGAAAAUGAAUCCAAGACUAUUUUAAUCAAUGUGUAGUAUCUCUUGGUACCCACAUUAAACAGCAAUCAGAACAAUGAAAAGGAUAUUAAAAUGCAAUAAAACAUAGAUUGAUUGGGAAAUACUCCCACGUGUGGCCUAACCAAAGAUUUAUACCUCUGCAUGAUGACUUCCUGAUUCCUACCCUUUGCAUUUACUGCCGAAGGCAAGCCUUGUUUACCACUCUAUAUACUUCUGUUGCUAUAUCCCUUGAUUCCGUUAAUAUCAAUCUUUUCUUGGAAUGAGCUAAUUGACCAACCCUGCUCAGCCCUCUGAGUCUGAGAGUUUCAAAAACUCCCCUUCUCUACAUGAAAAUAUCUUCCCUUAGUCCCAGAUCCAACAGGAGAAGCAUCCUGCUUUCAUCCAGAUUGAAGAGCCUAGGAAAAUUUUGUAAGAUUCAGUGAGGUUUACUCUUCUAAAUGCAUGAGUAGGUUUUCUGUCAAAUUUUCGGGUUGCCUGCUUUAAUCAAAUAGUUCACAUACAACCUAAUCAUACUAAGUUUUCUCAUCAGCAAAUUGGUGUUGAUGUAAAAGAAUAGAUAGAGCACCCUUAUUUUAUUUUAAGCUUAUUUUAAGCUUCCUUUGACCCUUCCAAGGGUUUCAGACUCCAUUUUAAAAGCUAACACUCUAGAAAAUACAGGCUUCAUCUACUCGAUCUUUCUUCAUAAAGCAAACCUGCCAUCCAUAGAAUCACCUCAGUAUUCACUAGUAUUUCAGUACUAUGAAUACAUGAAAGUGAUUUGCUGCACUCCCUCAUUGGGAAGUACAUCCUUUCCUGGGGGCAAUGAGACCAGAACUGAACAUUAUACUGUGACUCAGAGUGCAGCUUUGCCACUAGGAGACAAUGAUUGAGGAGGAACAAGGAAUGACCUUUCUAGACAGCAGUCAGCAGCAGUCUGCCUUUGUAAUUACCAAGGUUGCACUUGCCUCACUUCUUGAAGUUGAUCUGGUCACAGCAUCACUGAGGUGCUGCAGUCUAUCCUCUUCUCCUCAGAUAUUGACAAUUAGAUUCUGAAUUUGUUCUUUACUGCAAAGUUUUAGUUCAGUGAGGAUACUAUUUGCCCUUGAAGCCUUGUUAUGUUCUAACUGGAAUAUGGCCUUUUCAGUUUGUUGUUGGUGUGGAUAUAGCAGCACUGUUUUGAGUAGAUGGUUGUGGGACAGAAUCAGGUGUACUCGCAUCAUGGUUAGAGUCUUUGGAUUCAGAAGAAAGAUAGCAGAAACUGAAGGGCAUGCUCAAAGCUCUCUGGAAACCCUCUUGAGAAUCCCCGAACUAUGCAACUUUAAGUGGAGAAGGAGUAUUUGAUAUUGAGAACCUAGAUUUCAAUGUGUUGGACAACUGAGAAGCUCAGAGUAAAUGAGAGAAAGACCGUGCCACCUCACAGACCAUCCACUUGCCAGACAUCUUUAGGCACUUUCUGUCCCAUCUAUGGAGAAGACUGAGGUUUCUACAUAGGCCUCUUUAGUCACCUCAGAAUUCACACAAGUCAUACGCUCCCUGAGGGACAGACUAAGAUGAAGAUGAGACAAUAAUUAAAGUGUUGUUCCACUAAGGCCCUAUAUAAUACAGAAAGACAUCUUAGUUCACAGAGUAAAAGCUUGUGUACUAAAGGACAACCUACUAUUUAUUUUCCUAUCUCCUUGCUGCCCUUGUUAGCCUUCCAUGACUUCUGUUGAAGGACUUCCAGAUACCUAUAAACAUCAUUCCUCAGUCUCUCAUUAUUUCUGUGUUGUGCACUGAAGUGUAUAAAUUCACGUCUAUAUUAUAUCUGCUAAUGUUUAAUUAGCUUGUCUGUAUCCUCCAUUAAACCUCUUAACAUUCUUGUCAUUAUACACUACUUCACCCAGCUUUGCAUCAUCAGUUAACUUGGAAAUGUGGCAUUUAGUCUCGGUCAAAUCAUUGAGAAAAGUCAUGAAUAUCUGUGGCCCAAGCACUGAUCCUGAUAGAUACCAUCGUGGAUAGAAUAUCUUGAAAAGCUGAUUGACUUUUUGAUCCAUAUCUCUACAACAAUUUAUGAAUAUUUUCAGUUCCUGCUGAGGUGUGCCUUUGGAAUUAAUAUCAUGAAGUUUCCCUUUAUGGUUAUAGGUGAGAGUGUGCUCUUCUGCAUUCUUAUUUUUUUCCCAUUAAAAAAUAGCUUUCUAUUUCUUCAACUCUUCAUUCUUAAUGAACCAAAUCCAUGCCUCCUUAAAAUUACUGAGUUCCUGGAAUAAUCUUUAUUACUUUUCUUCAAAUCUUUCUGGCUAAGCUUAUUUUUUUUUAUUGACCAUGGUACCACAAUUCUAGCUCUGUUGAUGCUCUUUUACAGUAUAACACCCUUAAUUUCACCUUUACCUAACUGUUUAUAUGUGGCGCGUUUUGCUUGUCUUUUGUUUGCUUGCCAGAGCUUUAUCCUUGCAUGACCAGGUCAAUUAUUAUUACCUGAACCUUUUACUUGAUGCAGCUUACUGAUAAUUCCUUCACAUUUCAACAAUUUUUCUAUUUUCAUUUCUCAAAGUUUUUAAGUGCCUUAUACAUUUCCAUCUACAAGUUUUCAGGCUUUUAGUUUUCAUAUAUCAAAAGUUUAUACUUCAUAGAGUCACAUUUCUGAUUUUUUUUUACAAAAAAAGUAGCAUUUUAUAUUACAUCAGUCAUUAAUUACGAUACCAGGAUUUCAAUGAUUUAAAAAUCUUUGAUUGGGGUAGCAAAUUACUGAAGUUGUUUCAAAUAUGCUAUCAUUGUUAUAUUGGUACAUUUCAGUCUGCAAGUAAACACAUUGUAUUUUAAAUGAUAUCGGCUAUCUCUUGUAAGCUUUCAUUAAAAAUUGUCCAGAUGAAGUGGGUGAUCUGCUCCACCAGAAUAUCAUUCACAAGUUGAACAGAAAACAAUAUUCAUCUCAUUAAGUUUCACCACUCCACCUUUUUAAAGAGGUCUUUAUAGAAAUUCCAUUUGUUGCUUACAAAGCAUUAUAUACUUCAAUAACCAGUGUUUAUAAACUUUUUUAAUUUAAAUUCUUUAAACUUAUUUAAAUAACUUAAUAAUUUUAGAAAAAAUUACACUGUCUAUACAAUGUAUUUAGACAAUAGGGUUCUUACUGGACCUGGGCAAGACACAAAACCAGCAGAAGCACAGUUAACAACUAUUAUAUCACCAUCUGAUUCUGCUUGAUGAAAACUCACAGAAAUGAAUAUUAGGAGUUGCAUCUGAAAUAAAAUGGUGAUCAAUGCAUUGCCACUUAGUUUGCAUACUGUGCAUAUGCAUUUCACCUCCAAGUAUGCCAAUUUCCUAUGAAUUAAUUCAUUGCAUUAGUCGUGUGCAUGGAACCAAAGUGUCUUCCUUUGUUUUGAAAACAAUUUAUAUGGUAAUGGUCUAUAAAUUGCAUAGAUGAUCUUUGAAUCUACUGCCAUAACUUCAGUAGGAGACUGCCAGAAAAACAAGAGAAAGGGAGUAAAUAAUUGAAAAUGAAACAUUCCCACAAAUUUUCUAGGAACUCCAUUGAUCUCUGACCUGUAUUACAGUGGUAAAACAUAGUAUUUUGCAUCCAUUUAACUUGCAUUAUGCUAAAUAUGUUCAAUAAUUAUUUCACUUCAUGAUCAGGUUAUAAAAUUACUAAGCAUAUUGAUAUAAUUCUGUCAUACUGUUAAAAUAUGAAAGCUUUUAUGUCAUGGAUGAAAACUUUAUCAAAAUAAUUUAUACUGUGUAGGUAAAAACAAAUCAUUUAAAAUCUACUCUUGCUGCUGACUCACUGGAGUCUCUGGCAAUUUCUGCUUCUAUGCAGCAGUUUUCUAUAAAAUGUUCUUUAGACCUUUACGAUGUAGUUUCAUUGUGUGUUUCAGCACCGCUGCAAAAUCAGCACAGUACUUUGUACUCAGAUGCACAGUAUAGGAGUUACUUUUCUGUACAGACCAAAACCAUGAUUACAGCAUUUAAUUGGUAAAUGGAUUCAAUCAUAUUAUCAAAAUUGAGCUAACAUAUAUUGAACUAAGUUGUAUAGUGCAUUAUGAGAGUGGAGGUACUGAAAUGUAAAAUUCUUUCUAUUGCUUAAUUGACUGGCAAGUUGGUUUUAUAGAUAAACAUCACAACUAUAAAACUAUUUUGAAAGUAAGCAGUUAAAUAAUUAAAUUAAAAGAAUGUACAAUUCAACAUGAUUAAAUGAUUAUCAAUAAAGUAUCAGAAAUUAAUUACUUAAAGUUAAUUUAAAUUAAAAUUAAUAAAUGAGCACUAAAGCAUGAUCAAAUACUGUAUGUAUCAUUUUCUUAAAAAGCCUUGUGUACUAUUCUAAUUAUUUUGACUGUCAGGCUGCUUACCAAUGUACUGGUAGGAACUGACUGAAGCCAAUUAUUAUAAUGAAAUGUUAACCAUAAGUGCUGAAUUCAGUAAAAUAAUGAGAAAGCUUUUUCCACUGAUACGGUCCAGUUAUCAGAUUCCACUGUAUUACAUGAAUUCUUAAUAAUAUUAAACUGAUCUUUUUAUAAUCAGGUUGCUGAAACAUGCUCGUUCUUACUGACAGAAUGUUGCAAUAAAAUUUUAUUAAAAAGAUGGCUAAGUUAAAUAAAGCAAAUAAAUAAAAAUGUGAAUUAUUGUUUGCAACAAUUGAGUUAACAAAAGAUACUUCCUAUAGCAUCAGAUGCUUGCUUGUAAAUGAACAAAAUGGUAUCUUUUUGGACAGCAGAAGGGCAAUUAAAGAGAGCAGAACAAAGUUAUUUACAGUGAAUUCUGCUCCUUGUAUUACCUUUGUAUCGUUUGUCAACAUGAAAUUAUAAAGUAUCCCAAAAGGCUCUUUGCAUUAUUGUAUUCAUAACGAACUGUUUUCAUCAAAGCUUUUGUCAAAUUUUCACUUUGUUUUCAUUUACUGACUUACAUACAUAAUUAAUAAAAGUUAGAUGAACUAUGUAGAAAUACAUAGGGAUAAUUUUUAUGAUUUUGUUGAGAAUUGAGGUGGGUAGCAGAGAUAGAAUAUAUAGUAUGUAUUCACAUUGUGGUGUUCUUGCUGUGGUAUGCUGUGUAAGUAGGAUAGUUCACUAAUUGUUGUUUGGCCAACCUUUGUAAACAACUUUGGGGAAAAUCAGAAUAUUAUCAUGAAAAAUUCAAUCAUACAGGGAAUCACUUGUAACUUUAGGCUAUUAAAUGUUGAAAAGGUUGGCAUUUCAUAUUUAAAUGUUAAAUAAUGCCUGGAUUGUUUUAUAUGUUAUA